AUGGCUUCCAAUGCUACAUCUGGAAAUGCUUGCCCGGCGCCUAUGAAAGCCACAUCAAAUGGGGUGUUUCAGGGUGACAACCCUCUUGAUUUUGCACUUCCCCUUGCUAUUUUGCAGAUAUGCCUUGUUCUUGUGGUCUCAAGGGGACUGGCAUUUCUUCUAAAACCUAUAAGGCAACCUAGAGUUAUUGCAGAGAUUAUUGGAGGAAUACUUCUUGGUCCAUCAGCACUUGGACGGAGUAAAAGCUAUAUGCAAGCAGUUUUCCCACCCAGGAGUCUUACAGUAUUAGAUACACUGGCAAACAUUGGCCUUAUAUUCUUUCUAUUCUUGGCAGGCCUGGAGUUAGAUCUUAAAUCUCUGCGUCGAUCUGGAAAUCGAGUCCUUGCUAUUGCUAUGGCUGGAAUAAGCUUACCCUUUGUAAUGGGUAUUGGUUCAUCAUUUGUUCUAAAACAAUCAAUUGCCAAAGGUUCAGAUACUGCCGCAUUCCUUGUAUUCAUGGGUGUUGCUCUGUCCAUAACUGCAUUCCCUGUAUUAGCCCGUAUUUUGGCCGAGUUAAAACUUCUAACCACAAAUGUUGGCAGAACAGCUAUGUCAGCUGCAGCACUUAAUGAUAUAGCUGCCUGGAUUCUGCUUGCUCUGGCUGUUGCCUUGUCAGGCCAUGAGCGAUCUCCACUUGUGACAUUGUGGGUCUUCUUAGCGGGGUGUGGUUUUGUCAUUUGUGCAAUAAUCAUUGUCCCUCCAAUUUUCAAAUGGAUGAGCCAACGAUGCCAUGAAGGUGAACCAGUUGAAGAGGUAUACAUAUGUGCAACAUUAGCUGCUGUUCUGGCUGCUGGGUUUGUCACAGAUGCUAUUGGAAUUCAUGCCAUGUUUGGUGCUUUUGUUGUUGGAAUUUUGGUCCCUAAUGAUGGACCAUUUGCUAGUGCUCUUGUGGAGAAAGUAGAGGAUCUUGUGUCUGGUCUAUUUCUCCCUCUCUAUUUUGUGUCAAGUGGAUUGAAGACCAAUGUAGCCACCAUCAAGGGGCUGCAAUCAUGGGGUCUUCUGGCUUUUGUUAUAUUUACAGCUUCUUUUGGAAAGAUUCUUGGGACUGUCGUUGUUUCCCUUUUCUGUAAAGUACCUUUUAACGAGGCUUUGACGUUGGGGUUCUUAAUGAAUUGCAAAGGCCUAGUUGAAUUAAUAGUCCUCAACAUUGGUAAAGAUAGAAAGGUUUUGAAUGAUCAGACCUUCGCCAUUAUGGUUCUUAUGGCUGUCUUCACUACCUUCGUCACCACUCCUCUUGUGACUGUUGUGUAUAAGCCUGCGAGGAAGGGAAGAAUAGCUGAUUACAAAUAUAGAACAAUUGGGAGGAAAAAUGCAAAUAGCCAACUGAGGAUUCUUGCCUGCUUCAAUGGUGCAAAAAAUAUUCCAUCAAUGAUAAAUUUGAUCGAGGCUUCAAGAGGAGUUCAGAAGCGUGAUGCUCUUUGUGUGUAUGCAAUGCACCUUAAAGAAUUCUCUGAGAGGUCCUCAUCUAUACUAAUGGUACAUAAGGCAAGAAGAAAUGGGUUGCCAUUCUGGAACAAAGGUUGUCAUGCAGAUUCUAACCAUGUUACUGUAGCGUUUGAGGCUUACAGGCAACUAAGUCAAGUGUCUAUCCGGCCAAUGAUCGCCAUUUCAUCUAUGUCUAACAUACAUCAAGACAUUUGUGCAACUGCUGAGAGGAAGGGUGCCGCAGUCAUUAUUCUUCCAUUUCAUAAGCAUCAAAGUUUGGAUGGUUCACUAAAUAUCACUAGAAACGAUUUUCGAUGGGUUAAUAAAAGGGUACUUGAGCAUGCACCAUGCUCAGUUGGAAUUUUUGUUGAUCGUGGGCUUGGUGGUACAUCCCAUGUUUCUGCGAGUAGUGUUUCUUAUCGUGUUACGGUGCUUUUCUUUGGUGGUGGUGAUGAUCAUGAGGCCCUUGCUUACGGAGGUCGUAUGGCUGAACACCCUGGCAUCAGCUUGGUGGUUAUUCGCUUUGUAGUUGAACCAACGAAUGAAGGAGAGGUUGUAAGAGUUGACGUGGGUGACUCCUCCUCUAGCCCCAUAUUAAUCUCACAGGAUCAGGAAAUUCUCGAUGAAUUUAGGGUGAAAAUAGCCCAUGAUGACUCCAUCAUCUAUGAAGAGAGAAUAGUUAAAAAUGCUGCAGAAACAGUUGCUAUUAUCCGCGAGUUUAAUAGCUCCAAUCUGUUUCUUGUGGGUUCAAGGCCAGUCAGUGAAGUUGCCUGUGUUCUGACAAGCAGUGAAUAUCCUGAACUAGGACCUGUUGGUGGUUUGUUGGCAUCACCAGAUUUCCCCACAACAGCAUCCGUUUUGGUAAUGCAACAGUAUCACAAUGGGGCGCCAAUAAAUUUGACCUCAGAAAUGGAGGAACACUUACCAGGUAGGGAUUCAGAAUCUUCUUAA